GAUCUGAAGGGGGCAAAGUUGAAAGCACAUUUAUACAACAGGAAGAUAGUUUUCUAGAUUGAGUCAACUUUGAAGGCAUUGCCAUGGUUGACACAGAGAUGCCAUUUUGGCCCACCAACUUUGGGAUCAGCUCCGUGGAUCUGUCUGUCAUGGAUGACCACUCCCACUCCUUUGACAUCAAACCCUUCACCACUGUUGACUUCUCCAGCAUUUCCACCCCACAUUAUGAAGACAUUCCAUUCACAAGGGCUGAUCCAAUGGUUCCUGAUUACAAAUAUGACCUGAAACUCCAAGAAUGUCCAAGUGCUAUCAAGGUGGAACCUCCAUCCCCUCCUUAUUAUUCUGAAAAAACUCAGCUCUACAAUAAACCUCAUGAAGAGUCUUCUAACUCCCUUAUGGCCAUCGAAUGCCGAGUCUGUGGGGAUAAAGCUUCUGGGUUCCACUACGGAGUACAUGCUUGUGAAGGCUGCAAGGGUUUCUUCCGGAGGACAAUUCGUUUGAAACUUAUCUAUGAUCGGUGUGAUCUGAACUGUCGGAUUCAUAAGAAGAGUAGAAAUAAAUGUCAGUACUGCAGGUUUCAGAAGUGCCUUGCUGUGGGGAUGUCCCAUAAUGCGAUCAGGUUUGGGCGGAUGCCACAGGCCGAGAAGGAGAAGCUGUUGGCGGAGAUCUCUAGUGAUAUCGACCAGCUGAACCCCGAGUCUGCUGAUCUCCGAGCCCUGGCAAAACAUCUGUAUGACUCAUACAUAAAGUCCUUCCCUCUGACCAAAGCCAAGGCGAGGGCGAUCUUGACAGGAAAGACGACAGACAAAUCACCAUUUGUUAUUUAUGACAUGAACUCCUUGAUGAUGGGAGAAGACAAGAUUAAGUUUAAGCACAUCACGCCUCUGCAGGAACAAAGCAAAGAAGUAGCCAUUCGUAUUUUCCAGGGGUGUCAGUUCCGCUCCGUGGAGGCCGUCCAGGAGAUCACAGAGUAUGCCAAGAGCAUUCCAGGUUUCGUCAACCUUGAUUUGAAUGACCAAGUGACCCUCUUGAAGUACGGCGUCCAUGAGAUCAUCUACACGAUGCUGGCCUCCUUGAUGAAUAAAGAUGGGGUUCUCAUAUCCGAAGGCCAAGGUUUCAUGACGAGGGAGUUUCUGAAGAGCCUGAGAAAACCCUUUGGUGACUUUAUGGAGCCCAAGUUUGAGUUUGCUGUCAAGUUCAAUGCACUGGAAUUAGAUGAUAGCGACCUAGCAAUAUUUAUAGCCGUCAUCAUCCUCAGUGGAGACCGCCCCGGUUUGCUGAACGUAAAGCCCAUUGAGGACAUCCAGGAUAACUUGCUACAGGCCUUGGAGCUCCAGCUCAAGCUGAACCACCCCGAAUCCUCCCAGCUCUUUGCCAAGUUGCUUCAGAAAAUGACAGACCUCAGACAGAUUGUAACGGAGCAUGUCCAGCUAUUGCAAGUCAUCAAGAAAACAGAGACAGACAUGAGCCUUCACCCGCUCCUACAAGAAAUCUACAAGGACUUGUACUAGCGAGGAGUCCUAGCCCACUGACAUCGUGUUCCUUCUUCCAAUUGCACUAUUUCUUUGAGGGAAAAACAUGAGAUGCCUAAGAAAUUACUGUGAAAAAAAAAAGCAUUUUAAAAAGGAAAGAGCUUUAGAAUAAUAAGAUCUAUUUUAUGCAUAUUGUUUUUAAAGACACAUUUACAAUUUACUUUUAAUAUUAAAAAGUGACUAUAUCAUGAAAUUGCUGACAGUAUUUGGAGAAUGAGUCUGGUGUCCUGGGGUUGUGUCUUGUUUCUGUUUUUAUUUUAGCCUUUCU